AUGUGCUACUUUGGAAUCAAGACGACCCUUCUCGAUCGGUGGGAGAGUGUUGAAUUACUCGACGACCCUCACCACAAUUCGGAAGGCGAAAACCUUCUCAUGCUGGCUAGCAAGGCUAACCACCUUCAUAUCUGUCAGAUGCUUGUGAAAUUGCAGUUCCUGAUCGGUUACCGAAGUCCCGCUGGCAAUGCUCUCAUGUCAGCAGCCACAUACGGUCAUCGAGACCUCGUAGAGUUCUUUUUACAACAAAAUAUUUCUCCUAACCUGGCUCACAGUGACGCUGUCGACAAGGUUCAUCCACUUCGUGGAACUGCUCUUGCGAGUGCCGCUCAGAUGGGUAAGCGCGAACGGACUGUGCGGCAGCGCACUGGAUAUGCAGCCAGGUGUGGAAGGUUGGAAGUCGCGCAGCUUCUUCUUGACAAGGGGGCAGCAGUGAAUCAACCCGGUGGAAUCAGGGCAAGCCCUCUUCACGAUGCAGCAUAUGGCGGUGAUCCUUUGUUGGUUCGACUUCUGCUCGAGAAAGGAGCGACUGUCAACGGGCCCGAAGGACCACUGGGAAGUGAACUGAUGUAUGCAAUGUAUUCUGGACGGCUGGACGUGGCCCAGCUUCUGCUUGACAAAGGGGCGGCUAUCGACCAGGAGGGCGGAAGAUACGGCAGUGCUCUGUCAUGCGCAGUACGUAAGAAAAUGCCUGUUAUGGUAGAGUUCCUGCUCUCCAGAGGUGCCACAAUCGAUAUGCCGCUGCCAGGAAGCUUUGGAAGCGCUCUUGACCACGCCGUCUACGCCGACAGACUCAGCAUUGCUGAGAUCUUGAUUGACCAUGGUGCGAAUGUUGAAUUGUCACUCUCCACCGAGUUUGGAAGUGCCCUUGCGCGGGCUGCAUUCCUCGGCCACCUUCACAUGGUUCAAUUCCUGGUAGAGGAAGGGGCGUUGAUUGAUGUGCCGCUUAGGAGUGGGCUCUUUGGGAGUAGCCUUGCGGCCGCAGCUGCCGGCGGAGAUGUGCAGAUCCUGAAGUACCUUGUGAAUGAGGGUGCUCGUGCCAACCGGGCUUUGGUCACUGCCCGACAUAGAACCGCAUUAUAUGCUGCAGUCUAUUGGGGCCAUGUUGAAUGCGUCAAGGCUUUACUCGACGCGGGAGCCGCUGUUGAUUUCGGACUAGACGACCCCGUUUUUGAGAAGCCGAAAGAAAUUCCCCUAGUCCAGAUUGAGCUUGAUUAUCAUAAUAUGGUGACUGAGGAAUGGUUAAGAUCGGCUCCUUGGGGAGACAGAAACGAAUCUCAAAUGGCAGAAGAUAAGCAGGAGAUCAUGCGGCUCUUGGUGGAGAGACAAGGCAACGUACUUUACUCAGAGCCGUCCGUUGCGUUGCGGUAUAGCGUCUCAUUGUCUUCGAAACUCUAUGCAGACCACAAUAGCCAGACUGUUGACGUUUUGGUAUCUUCCACGCACACUGCCUAG